CCCAAUUAGUAAUCGGAAUGAUUUAACCCGGUCUGAAAUAAACCGGGCAACUUAAACCCUAAACCACUGAAGCCUCUUCUCCCUUACCAAAAACAAAAAAAAAAUCAAAGCAAUUCUCAGAAGAAAAUGUAUCAGAGAUAUCAUCUUUUGAGAAGAAUUUCAAAAAUUACGCCUCGCAUUCUUCCAGGUAAUCAUAUAAAUAGGUCUUCCUCAGCUUUCUCUGUAAUCACAGUUCCCAACUCAGAUUAUAGUAAUAUCAGUAACACCUCGCAUUUUCCUAGACAAUUUGACUCUCACAGGUACUGCUCAACAAUUUCACAAGUUUCAAAUGAAUCUACUUUAACUCCACCCUAUGAUGAUUUAUUAACCUUUAUGAAAUCCACAUUCAGUGAACUCCAAGGUACAAAUCAUUGCUGGUUAAAUAAGGUUGAUGAUGAAGGCGAUAAAGAUUGGUUCAGGAAAGAUGGAAUAUUUUUGGUACUCGCCGGACAAUUGGUUAAAAAUUCUCAUAUGGUUGAUAAAAUUAAAUCACUUCAACAGAGGUUCCCGCAGCUUAGCAUUAUUGGAUUUCAUUGUGGAAGUGAUGAUAUUGGCUUUGCUGAUGGUUGGAGUCACUUGGUUGAAUUGAUCAUGAAGGAGUAUAUUACAUUUCCUGUUUUAUUGUCAAAUAAGUACUUCUUACAGAUGGAAAAUGGGGCAUGCUACAUUUUGUUCAAAGAUUUCCGGAGUCCUGUUGUUUUUCACGACCAUGACAAAAAUUUUGAAAUUCUUAAUGAAGCUAUUCAAGAGUUACUGUUGCAAGAAACUGAGAAUAUUGACAGUAGCAUUUCUAGUUCACGCAGUUUGAAAAGAACUUGGGUGAAACAAACUGAGGUUGUCAAGGAGCCAUACUUCUCUUCUUUUCUGCAAAACCUACUGCUCUAUUUCCCAGGUUGUGUCUCUGCAGAUGAAAGCGGUGAUCGCCUUUUCCUUUCAGACAGCAAUCAUCAUCGGAUUAUUAUAUUUGAUGGAAGUGGAAGGAUAAUUGACUCUAUUGGUUCUUGCCCAGGUUUUGAGGAUGGAGAAUUCGAGUCUGCCAAGCUAUUGCGCCCUGCAGCUUCCUUUUAUCAUGAUGCUGUGGAUUGCCUAUAUAUUGUAGAUUCAGAGAACCAUGCCAUCAGGAGAGCUGAUAUGGAAAGGCGGGUUGUAGAGACUCUUUAUCCUGUGAGUAAAAUUGAUAAUAGUUUAUGGACGUCGAUCUUGAUGAAACUGGGGUUCGGAAUGAGCACUGCUGUGAAGUCCAGUGAAUUUGAUUCUCAACUGUUGUUUCCGUGGCAUCUUGUGAAGUCUGUGGAUGAUAGUUUACUAGUAAUCAAUCGCAGUUUUGAGUCCAUGUGGAUCAUAGAUUUGGCUUCGGGGGAAAUAAAAGAGAUUAUCAAAGGGUUGCCAAAGGUUUUGGAGACUUGUGGACCAUUGAUCAUGGACAAAAUGUCCCUCUUGAAACAGAUGCCUGAUGAUUGGCUGCGAAAGCAGAUUGCUGUUGAUUGUUCCCCGGAGUUGCUUCCAUUUGCUAGUCUCCUAUCAUCUGUCACAUCCUUUAAAAAUCACAUAGUCAUGUGUGACACAGCUGCACAGAGGGUUCUGGCACUAAAUAGAGAAUCAGGAGUUUGUUCAAACAUUCAGUUUUCAAAUUUUGGGAUCCUUGGAUUUCCUUAUUGGCCAUCUUUUCCUUUGGAGAGAGUUUAUUCUGAAGCCUCACCUGGUGGCGGUUGGGUAGAUUAUCUUCAAUGUUUCGACUUGUUGCCAGGUAAAAUUGACAUACAGGUGAACGUAGACGUUCCAGUAGAUGUUGAGCUUGUUGAACCUUUACAAGAAGGAUGUAUUUGGCGCCAGACAAGAGGGGCUGUGACUGAAAUCCUAGAAAGAGAGGAUGCAGCGGGAACCUCGGAAAAGGUUGGUGUCGCCCAACAGUGGUAUGAUGCUUUGGAUAAUCUGGCCUUCUCAACUCCUGAAUCAGAGAUGAUUGUUGAGGAGACUUCUACUUCAGAAGUCAAAUCUGAAGAUAAGAGAGUUCACAUUCAUUGUGCUGUCAACACAAGUCCGGGAACAAGUGAGGUUAUUAUAUAUGCGGCUCUGUAUUUAAAACUUAGAAGGGAUCGUAAUUCGCUGGAGGACAGUCGGGAGAAAUAUGCAGCACGGAUAGCUGAUAUAAUAGACCCUGCAAGGAAAGGAGGAACUAGAAGAGAUUCAUUCAUUCAACUCUUGUCGAAAGCAAAUGCCGAUUUGAGGGACCUAAUCUUUAUGAAGCCUUUACAUGUGAGGAUCAAAAUGGAUUGUCCCGAUCACCCAAAAGCCGAAAAUGGAAAAGAUAUCAUCUUAACCAACGGCUCCAUAGAAGUGAAUGUAGCACUUCAGACAUGAUUGCUGGUAAUGCACAAUUAAGAUAAUUAUGCUAUUGCUGUCGUUUUGCACUCAAAGCGGAAACAAGAAUGCUGAGCUGAAGCUGAAUUCUCCUUUGGUAGAUGAUGCGUAUUCCAGUUGUGCAAACGAGUAGAUCGCUACGGUCAGUAAUACAAUGUCUCUAUAAAAUAGUAACAGUUGCAGCAAUAUUUUUGACCAAUGUAUUAUAUUUGUAGGUGAUAAUAACUUUAGCCCUACUGUUAUCAUUUGUUGUAGUGGAAAUGGAUGCACAAUUUUGUCUACAAUUAUCUCCAGAUAUUAAUGUUGUAUCAGUUAUAGCUUA